CGGGAAGAUCGGUGACCUCUAACCUCACGGCAUGGAAGCCAAACAGAGAGAGGCGAUUAUAUCCGAGCUGAGGGCGAUAGAAAACAGCACUGACAGCUUAGUGAAGUCCCUGCGCUGCUUAGUAGAUUUCACUGAUCCUGAGAAGGGGGAACUCCUACAAGCUCAAAGCAAGGUGUCUGAUUCUCUGUCUAUCUGGAAUACACUUUUUGCUGCGGCUGCUCCACCUUCCUCUCCCACCAACUCAUAAACCAUGUCUGAUCCAGAAGAAGAAGUUGCUCCCCCUAAGCCAUACAGCGCCUUUGUUUAUGACGCCCAAGCAGACCCAGGCACCCUCUCCUUGAGCGACUCUGAUCCAAGCCUGUCAGAUGAUGCUGAAGUUGCAUCUCUCACUCCAGAAGAAGAGGAGGUAGAAGAGGAACUGUGCAGGGACGGAGAGCAGAAGCCUCCAGUUCUGCCAUUUAUGCUUAAGGGCGCUAAUGCCGGUUUCUCACAGCGCAGCACUGACAUAUUUGGAGGACUAAAGGAGCUGGAAACAAUGUUUUCUCCUAGCCAGAGCAGGAAUAGAGGAAAACGCCAGAAGUCCCUCAGUUCAGUGAAAGAAUGUCCCUUGGAGACUUACUCACCACCAAACGUAUCCAAGCAAAGUGACUCAUCAAGCACGUCGCACUCGCCUACUGCAGAAGAAACAGCUACUGUCUCUGUGAGUGCAGAUGUUGCAGAGGUUCCCCAGGCAGCUUCGCGGCUGCCCGAUUACCUUACCCAUCCAGAGCGCUGGACUAAAUACAGUCUAGAGGAAGUUCCAGAAACAAGUGACAGCAGCAACCGCAGUGCCGCUCUACGCUUCCUGGCUGAAUUGCAGCAGCAAAAAGAGGACAAGGAGUCAACGUCUGACUCCAGCUCACGCUCUUACAAUCAAGGCGCUUCCAGCUCCAACGAGGGUAGAAUUCUGUUUAGCAAGCCCCUUAAAGAAUGCAAAGGGACUACGGAAAAGAGAGGGGCACAGCAGGGUUUAAUUCUUAUCGCAGAGGAUUUGGGUGAUGAAGGCCAGGAAGAGGGUAAACCUUUACAAGUGCAGACUGAGAGUGUUGGGUUCCAUGGAGUCAAGAAACGCAGCAGGAAAAAUAUCAGACUAAAGGCAGAUUCCUGCAGUGAGGAUGACUCGUAAAGAACGGGUCAUUAUAGCAGAGAACAUCUUAGUGUCGGGAAUAAGUGUUGUUAAACGUGAAGGACUUGUGUAUUCUAUUCAUAUAACCAAAUCAUUCUCUCCAACUCUCCCCCACCCAAAAAAACUGUUGGUCUCAACUAGACAGAUUUAAACCAGUUUUUUUUUUAAAGGUAUAUUUAUAGUUUAUAUCAUGUAUUUGAAGCUACAACAUUUAUACCUGCACAAAAUAAAAAAAUAAAAAACAGAAUAA